AUGAUUCCCACUGAUGAUGCUGUUGAUUAUGCAUGGUCAGAAUUCGAACGAUAUUCAACUAAUGAUUACGUACGACAACUACUCGAUGCUCAAACCACUACACUGGCUAAUGCAAUGACUCCAAGCAUGGCAACUGAAUCAUCAUCAAGUAGUGCUGCUGAUUCAAACUAUGCCAAAUCUGAUCUAAGCGAUUUGCAAGAUAAUGUAGAACGUUCACAUAAUGAAACUACAGAACAAUUGGAAUCAAUGAAAAAUACAAUCACUGAACUUCAAUCAAAACUUGUUCAGAUGGAAGAACGUACGAAUAGUCAAUUGAAAAAUAAGAACAAUGUCAAUAAAGCAUUGGAUUGGAUAAUGCAAGCGAUGGCUAAUGCAAAAAUGAGUGAAUUAAUACCUCCAUGGAUUGGUAGUGAUUCAUCUAGAUCCAACUCAAUCAGUCAAAGGCAACAAAAUGACGCUCAAGAUGUUCAAUCCAAUCUACCUACAACUACAGUAGAUCCAAGGGCACAGCAAAUACCACAACAACAAAUACGACCAGCAGCAUCAUCUGAAUUUUGUAUUGAAAUAAGACGUCUGUCAUUUGAUGAUGAUUCUGUUUAA